CACAAAUGUCUUAUUGCACUAUGUGAUGCCAGUUAACAGUGUGGAUAUGAGGGUAUGAGAGUUUGAUGGAUGAAACUCCAUGACUCCUUUUUGAAAGCUUUUUCACUUUCUCUACUAUUCUAAUUAUAGUAACCUGGGAGAAUGGUACCCACAUGACACACUCGGACAAACUUUAGGAAUAGUUUCCAUGUGCCUGUGAAACACUAUAAUGGUUUGGCACAUUUUAAAUGCCUGAUUUUAUGAACGUAUAAACAAUAUACUUGACCACUGAUCCUCCCACUAUGUGACUACUGGAUUAGGUCUCAAUAGGCAGAAUGUUUUUUUUUUCCUCUGUGCACAGAGCGAUUAAGCCUCUAGUUCAGAAAUGUGCCUCUAGAGGCUCAAAGUCUGCUUCAGGAAUGGAGAACAAAAUCCAGUGAGAUUAAUUAUGUUUAGACGUGUAAACAUGUAAGACAAAUCAAUAAAUCCUACAUGUUAAAUGAGCUCCAUUAACAGGCACAGUUUUGCAUGCAGAGUAGUCAGAAUGUAGUUCUGCUGAAGUAAGUACCAAUAUGUUUGAUAUUGAUCCGUCUACACUCCAUAGGGUAAAAAUCUGUCACCACCAUAGCAUGCUGAGAAGAAGAACUGCAAAUCGAAUGCAGGCUUCCUACAAAAACAAAUUCUUACUUUUGUGCCUAAUUACAAUGGAAAGUGAUCUCAUCUACUUUUGACUGUGGCAAAGGGACCCAGAGGGGGUUGCGGUUGCCAAAGAGGCCAGGCCAAAGAAAAAAUGAAUGCAGAGACGAUUAACUCAGCAGUGUGCUUUAUCCACCAGAAGGACACAGUGCUGGUCUGUUUAUAAAAUAUGAGAGGUAGUGGAUUCUUAUUGUGGGCUGUAUUUGAAUGUGCUCAGACAAUAUUUUACUGCUCUGCAUUUUGUAAUGUCCAAUAUGGUAAUCUGUAGAUAUUUAUUGAGUGUUAAGUGCUGUCUAGUGGUUCUUCCUCUCUGGCCAUGUACUCGUAUUCAUGCUAGAUCAAUUCUCUUAUUUGGCAAUGUACGAAAGUGGUUUAGCAAGAGGAAAGGAAAGUCUGGAAUGGAAAUGAACAGAGCAAUGAUGAGCAAUACUCCUUUUGGUGAAUGGAUUAUGAGUGAUUGGUAAGGGCAGUUUAGGGUAAAGCGCAUAGUCUGCAGUUGCCCAACUGUCUGUGUGCAUGUGCAUUUUUGUUUGUGCUUACCCUCACAGGCACACACGAUAUGAAAAACUAAUCCAUCUUGAUUAAUCAUGGUAUAUGGUAAUGAUUGUAUAUCAUUUAUUUUGUCAUUCAAACAGAAAUUGGAAAAACAUUUUAACAAUUAUGACAUUUCAGCUAAAACUGAAUGAGAUUUAUUUGUGGGUAAGCCAAGAAAAUAUAGACAUAGAAGAAUUUUCCUUUAUUUCUCAUUUUACUCUUUAAUAUGUUUUCAGCAUUUGUAAUUUGUUUAGAGAGCAAAAGAAUAGUUAUUAUAAAAUGACCUUCAUACUGGUUAGAAUGAGACUCAAUGGGGAUGUUCAGCCUCGCUGAGUCUCAUUCCCAUGUGCUCAUGCAUAUAAUUUUUCCCAUCGGUAAUGUUGAUGGCUCUUUCAAGGUUCUGAGUAAUCCUAUCUAAUCGUGUAAUUGUGCUCAUUACAGAGACUUUUCCUUUGUAUAUUUGGGUACAUUAUGUCACAGCAACUCAUACCAUGUAAACGUGCAUAUAAAUAAGUAAAGAAGGCUACAGUUUGGUUUAAAAAUGGCAGCAUAAAUGUGUCAUGACAAUGGACACACCUAGACAUGUGCAUGAUCAAUAAAGAUGCACAAUUAUAGUUUGGCUUAAAAAUAAAAAUAAAUUUUUUUGCUUGAUCCUUCUGUUUUCUUUUUUUUCCCCUAAAAAUGUCUGAGUAGGUUUGUAGUAGGAUUUUAUUUAUUUAUUUAUUAUUUUUUUGAGUUAGUCAAUUAUGUAUGUUAAAUGAACAUUGAACAUUUCAGUAAAAUAUAUUAGUCUUUUUUAAUGAACACUGGGUUUGUGUCAAGGCACUGAUAUAAAGGGCACUGGGUACUAUAACUUUAUUUUUACACUAUAUUUGUAUGUAGUAAUUUCAAAGAAUAUGAAUUCAUUAUAUUUGCAGAGUUUUACAUGUGUCGGAUGUGCUUUAAAUGUGCUUUAACAGUGGUUUAAAUGUGCUGUUUAUUUGUCACACAGAUGUGCUGUGUUAGUGCAGUUGUAGAGUUAGGUCAGCUCUUUGCACUUGUUACUGAGCGCACAGUGCUCAACUAGUUGCCGGAUUACUGUUCAGUCAGGAUUUGAUCUUUCUGAGGGUGCUAUAUGACUUAACAGUGAUGCAUUAGGUUUGCAUUAAUUCCACCGGACAGCCUCUCUGUCCAGCCCUUUGGGUUUCUGAGAAAACUAUCCUUUUUAAUGACUACUGGACAGAGACUCAGCAACAUCACAGAUUUUGUCAACUAUCUACCUCAGGUAGGUGUGUUGUUUCCUAAAGGGUGACAUCAUCAUCAUCAUCAUUGUCAUGAAUGUAUUUAAUCUGUCUGUUAGUAAGACUAUAAUGAAUUAGUUUGUAUUUCUGUGUGUGCCAUUACAGCAGUGAAUUUAACCAGGCUUAAUUUAGUCUAUAAUCCCUCAUAGCAAUCAGAGCAAGUAAAAUGUCUCAGAGUAGAAGCAGAUCAGCUCUCCUGGAUUAACAAAAGCCUCUGCCUACUAUGCACCACCCCUCCAUUGGUAAAGAAUAAAUCUCUUCCUCUCUGUGUUCUCAUCAGUUCAUGGUUGUCAUUUUGCAUUUUCACAAUGGAGUAGCAAGGUUGCCUCUUCCUACAGCCGAUGUGUGAAAGAGAGCAUUUGGUAUCUUCUUUCCCUUUUGCAUUGCCAACAGCAAUAUAGACUGGAUUAAUUAUUCAGCUGUCACCUACCAAGAAGAGCUACUGAAAGCAAAACUCUGAAAGAGAGGAGAGACAGAAAUUACAGCUGGAAAAAGGGCACUCUUGCAGCAUCUUUUUUUUUUUUUUUUCACUAUUCCACUCUGUAAGUUACAUAAAGGUAACAGAAAAACUGAUAAGAGCACAAGAGAACACUAUCCUCUGCACAUUUUUUCAUUUGAGAGGAGUAUCUUGGUGCUGAUGUUGGUCUCCAGCAAGCAGAUGCCGAUUGGCCGUUCCCAGAGCUGGGACGUGCUAGGUGGGAAUGAAAGUCAUUGGGAACGCAGCGAGAAUAUGUAUGAGCAGCAGAAAAGGACAACUGACCAACAGAACUCCUUUGGAGGGAAUGCUGGAGGUUGGUAUGAACCACUCACUGGUGUGCGUCCAUCUGACCUGGAUAUGAAACGGGAGCCAUACCAUUACCACGUGUCACUUUAUAAUCAAAAUUAUGUGUCCCGACCAGAUCCCCGCAGCAUGAGGAAGAGUUCUGUUCCUGAGCUGAACAGUCAUUAUGACCGUUCACGCAUUGCACAUCGUGGUUGUCUAACUCCAUUGGAUCCUUACCAGCAAGAUCCUGCAGUGUUUUCCAGGCCACCUGAUGGGUUCUAUCGUGGAGAACAAAUCCCCCUUAACCGGCCAGCUUCUCAUAACGUUAUGAUAGGAGCGACUCAACCGCUUUGGAACCAGAACCAAUCUGGGAGGUCUAGUGCGCCUGCCUCCACUCCAGCACCCCCUCCACCCCCUACCACUCACGAAAUGACCCAUAUUUACCGGGAGCCAUGCCUCCCUGGCCCUCCACCUGCCACACCAGUAGCCAAAAUGAUGCCAGAAGGCCAGCCCAUACCAAGCCGAGCACCAUCUCCUGCUCGCUAUGCCAUUGAGGCAACUACACCUCGCUAUGGAGCUGAGGUACCAUCCUCUCUUCCUGGAUGCUCAAUGUAUAGUGAUCUUAAUGGGAGACCAGUGGAUCCAAGUCAGCCUGCAGCUACUUGCCUGGUGAUAGAUCCUUCUUCUCAAGGUAUGGUUAUGCGGCAGGAAAGCCCUUCACCAUAUGUUAUAGGACAGCAGCAACAGGCCGAACAGCAAAAACAGGAACCAGCUCAGCAACUGUUGCAGCAGCAAAUGCAACAAGUUCAGUCAUUCCACCAGUCACAGCAGGUUCAGCCAGUACAGCAAGGGCAGACAGUUCAACAACCACAGCAAAUGCAACCAAUCCAGCAAGUGCAGCAAAUGCCUCUUGUGCAACAAACCCAGCCUGCACAGCAGGUGCAACCUGUGGCACCACCAAAUACUGUGUAUGACCCAAACCCUCACUUACCAACUCGUGCCCCAGUGACUGCUUCAGUCAUGGCUGCUAUCCCUGCCCAGGGUUCUCCUCAGCUCACAACACCUCAAAACUCACUGGCUCCUGUGGACCCCAAGAAGACAGCUGACCCAGAGUUUCUGGCAUUUCUAUGCAACGAAGGUUUGUCUGAGAGCACUAUAACCUCUCUGCUACACCAGGGCUUUGAUUCCACUGCAAUGUUAGCUGUUAUGGAACAGAAUGAUAUUCACUCUAUUGCACCCAACUUAGGGCAGGCACGUGUUCUCUCUCGUGUAGCAGUCAGUUGUAGAUGUCCUCCAGAUAUCCCUCAGCACCAGAGUGCUCCAGUCCGAGGACGAUCCAACAGUUUCAGCCAUCGCGUUGACAAAUACAUACAACAGCAACCAACAACGGCUCCAAAUAUGGACUCUCAGUAUAUGCAGCCACCCUUGACCCCAGUCCAGACCAUCUUCCCCAGGAUGGCUGAUGUCAUGGGCCGCAGACCUAGUAGUGCUCCCUCCCAGCAGCUUCUAGAGGCUAGUGGAUACCCUACAACAAGGACACCAGGGGUUUUCAAUAGUACAAUGCUGCCUGUUCAACCUCGUUCACUGACGGCUUACACUCCUCAAGCUGGCCUACCUAUGCCAUCUUUAACAGCAGUGUCCCAGCAAGUUCCACUUCCAUCCAACAUACCAGGAGUGCAACCACAAAUCCUUGGUUUGCAACAGCAAAUGCCAACUCCUAUCCAUGGCAUGCCACAACAAACACCAGUAAUGGCUGGACUGCCACAAUCAACAACCAUGCCCACUCUGCCAACACAGCAAGCCCCCAAAGCAUACUCCACCAACUACACUGUGCCCAUAGAACUGAUGAAAAGGGAUCGAAGCCUGGCCACAAUGUCUAGCCUGUCCAAUCCACAGCCAAGCCCCCAUAUAAUGCGAAAGACUGGGGCAACACCUCAUGAGAGUGCCCUGGUGCCUGUAGGUGCUGCUAUACAGACUCCUUGGCUUGUCAAUCAGAAGCUCUCACGACGCACUGGACCCCCUGUUAUUGUCUCCACCAUGGCACCACCUGACUCAAGUAUAAGGCCGCAAAUCAUGAAUGGACCGAUGCAUCCUCGGCCGCUGGUUGCUCUGCUGGAUGGACGGGAUUGUACAGUAGAGAUGCCCAUCCUCAAAGAUCUAGCAACCGUGGCCUUCUGUGAUGCCCAGUCCACACAGGAGAUCCAUGAGAAGGUACUAAAUGAGGCAGUAGGAGCAAUGAUGUACCACACCAUCACACUCACCAGAGAGGACCUGGAGAAGUUUAAAGCCUUACGCAUCAUCAUCCGCAUUGGCAGCGGCUACGAUAACAUUGACAUAAAAGCUGCUGGAGAAAUGGGCAUUGCAGUGUGUAAUAUCCCAUCUGCAGCUGUAGAGGAGACAGCAGACUCUACCCUCUGUCACAUCCUGAACCUGUACCGAAGGAACACCUGGCUGUACCAGGCUCUACGGGAGGGCUCGCGGUUCCAGAGCAUAGAGCAGAUCAGGGAGCUGGCGUCUGGAGCAGCUCGCGUACGGGGAGAGACGCUAGGACUCAUAGGUUUUGGCCGAACGGGUCAGGCGGUAGCGGUUCGAGCAAAAGCAUUUGGCUUCAACGUGAUAUUUUACGACCCAUAUCUGCAGGAUGGUUUAGAACGCUCACUGGGUGUCCAGAGAGUGUUCACCCUCCAGGACCUGCUGUACCAAAGUGACUGUGUGUCUCUGCAUUGUAAUCUAAAUGAACAUAACCACCACUUGAUCAAUGACUUUACCAUCAAACAGAUGCGUCAGGGUGCGUUCCUGGUGAACUGUGCACGUGGAGGUCUGGUGGAUGAGAAAGCUCUGGCUCAGGCCCUGAAGGAAGGAAGAAUCCGGGGCGCUGCUCUGGAUGUGCACGAGUCAGAACCAUUCAGUUUUACCCAAGGUCCUCUGAAAGAUGCUCCCAAUCUGAUCUGCACGCCUCACACAGCCUGGUAUAGUGAGCAGGCAUCGCUGGAGAUGCGAGAAGCAGCUGCCACUGAGAUAAGAAGAGCUAUCACAGGUCGUAUUCCAGACACCCUUAGAAACUGUGUCAACAAAGAGUACUUUAUUGCCACUGCGCCGUGGGGAGCAGUGGAGCAGCAUGUGCAUCCAGAGCUCAACGGUGGUGCAUACAGAGUGGCCCAACAGUUACCAGCCAUAUCUCCUGGUGGCCUGCAAGACAAAAUGUAUACCUAAACCCAACCAGACAUGCCCAGGGUCCAGUGGGGAUGACUUCUGGAGGACCAGAGGAGGGCACAAGGCCAGGUGGGGGUCCCAGGGCCCAUGCCCUUUCCCUGCCACCAGGCCCCCCAGCCCAACCGCUCCUCCUGCCUGGGCACAGGGAACACAUAUACGAGGCAUAACCAAACGCAGGGAGGGGUUUAUACUGCUACUGAACAACUCGUGGCACAGUUCACAUAGCGAGUUAACUUCAAACCAGGGACAAGAAGAAGUAAAUUAUCUAGGAGCUACAGCUAACUGCAGUGGGAACAGCUCAAAUAUGCAGCGUGGAGGUGUCCUUUUGCUCCUGACUUGUCAUGGGAUUUUAGUUUUUCUUGGAUGUAGCUAUUUUUGUUCCAGAUGUUUUCCCUCCACAUGUAUGCUUUACCUUACUUGUUGUCUUGGGACCAUGUGCAUGGACAGGUGGGCAGGAUUUUUAAUCCACUCCUUGAGUUCUCAAGGGAAAUUUGGCAUCACUUGUCAGUCACCCCUUCUGCCACCAGCCUUGUGAACAAAACCCUUUUAGAUGCAUUUAGUCUGUUAACCUGUGUUUCUUUUUAUUUCCUUGUUGCCUCUUCCUUUAAACCAAACAAAUUAUUAAUUGUCCUUUUAAUUCUGUGCUAAAGUGAUUAAUUAUAUUGGUAUAUAGUGUAUUUAUCAAAAAGUGACGAUAAAAGGUUCAACUAUUGAUAACCUCAUUGUGACCCCUUUUCUUAACUUGGCCUUGUAACUAGCUGAACCUUAGGCGCAACCACAUGAGUCCAACAACCACCAGCCCUAAUGUUGAGGCAUUUUGUAUUCAUUUACACAGGAGUGUUUAAGCAACUUGGGCAUGUCAGAUUUAUUGAAUUUAUUGAGAGAUUAAAUAAAUUUUGUCUGAUACUAAGACUAUGGAUGGCAGCUCAUAGUGAAGCCAUGUGCCACCCUGCUCAGGAAACACUUUUCUUUCAUGUCUGAGUACCAUAAAAAAGCAUCAUAUGUCUGGUUAUUCUACCAUGUACUAUUCCUCACACUGCUCUCUUGCUAAUAUUUUUAUAGAUGUAAAAUAGAAAAUAUUUUGAUGUUGCUGUUAGAUUUGUAUUGCCAUAGUAUGCAAAACUUUUUUUUUUUUUGCCUUUUGUGAGUGUUAUGACACCACCUGGAGUUCAUUUUGUUGUUUCUGAAAUGUGUGUUCCUCAGCCCACUUUGCCAGUACAUGUAUAUUAGGACAGUGGGCUAUGUUUUUAUUGUGUUUGUUUCUUGUACCAAACAUCCAUGACAUUACAAAUUAAAAAAUAAGCGCAAAAUGCUUGUGUUCUUGUGCAAAAUUCAAAAUACCAUUCUUGUGUUUAGUGUUUUCUUGCUAC